AUGGCAAAGGCAAAAAUAGUUGUUAGUAGCGAAGAAGACGAAGAAGUAUCUAACACCAAUUUCUCAGACGAAGAAUCCCCACUCGAAUCAGACUCCAAUGACAACGGUGACAUAGAUGAAUACGACGAAGAGGAGGAAUACGAGCCACAACCCAAAUCGUCAAAGUCGUCGGCUAGAAGCAGACGAAGAAAAGCUGUUGAUACUUUGGAAGAAGACGAAGAUAAAGAGGACUUUGAAGGUGAACCAACAAGUCUGAGCAAUGAUGAAGAGGAAGAUGAUUUGGACACCAACUUUGAACAUGAGCUUUCCGAAUUGGACGAUGAUUUGGAACCAAAGAAUUACGACGACGACAUUGACGAUGAUGCGGAGGAGUCCGAAGAAUUGUCAACAAAACCAACCACACAAAAGGGUAAAAAAUCGAUAAAAAUUACAAUCAAACCGCCAACAAGGAAACCUGCAAAGGGACUGAGUGAAGCUCCAUCCGAAACAUUAGGCAGCUCGAGAAGUACGCGGAAAAGGCAAGUAAACUACUACCAAGAUGAUGCAGAUGGCUUUUCGGAGGAUUUGUCCGAUAUGGAAACUCCUCCACCAAAUACAUCUAAAAGAGUAAAAAUAAAAGCAGUGCCUGUACAUAAACCACAACAAAAUCCGCACUUGGAUCCCGAUUUGAUACUUACAGAUGAGGAGGAGGAAUAUAAUCCAAAUGCAGCGAAUGAUGUGUCAAAGAUGACAGAGAGACAAAGAGCACGUCUUAAUACAGACGUAUCUGGAGCAAUUGAAGACCCAUAUUUUGACUUGGAUGUAAGUGGGAAGAAGCAGAAACAAAAAAAGGUGAAGGAAGAAACCGAGGAGGAAAUUGCAUUGAGGAAAGCUGAAAACGCUCGUAAAAGAUUAGACUACAAGAAUAAAAUUUUGGAAGAGGAGAAGCGGGACACGUUGAAUAAAUUGUUGAAAAGGCGAGCAACAAAAUCGAGGGAAACUAUAGCUGAGGAUAAGGAAGGAUCUGUUGGAGUUGACGAGGAUUCAAAAUCGUAUUACAAAGAAAGAAGGGCUACAUUAAAUCACCCUGCUUUAAUACGAUAUGUCAACAACACAACAACCUUGAAUGGUAAUUCAGUACUCGCUUAUAAGUAA